CAAUCACAGCCGGCACUGCGCCGCAAGGGCUGAUGGGGGUCGUAGUCCUCCCGGGGGGGUCGUGGCGGAGUUACCAUGGCAACGGCGCCCCUGCGGCCUUGUCGCCUCGGGGGCUGUCGGUUGUCCCCCGGGAUGUCGCGGCAGGCCACGAAGCCACUCUGAAAGGGCUCCAGGAGAGCUGGAGAGGGACUUGGGACAAGGGAUAGGGGGACAAGACACAGGGAGUGGAUUUGGGAUGGGAAAAGGGAGAUUUGGGCAGGAUUUUGGGAAGGAAUUCCUGCCUGGGAGGAAAUGCAACGGAAUCCCAGUCCUGGAAUGUCCAAGGAAAGGUGGGAGCAGCCUAGGAUGGUCCAAGAUGGGACUGGGUGGGAUUUCAGGUCUCUCCAAGCCAAGCAAUUCCAGGAUUUUCCUUUUUGGGAUCAAUCCCAGCCCUGUCCCAAGAGCAGGAGCAGCUCCGAGGUUUUUCCCUCCUGGUUUUGUGGCCUCAGGAAUGAGGGGAUGUGGCUCAACCCUCCCCAAGCCCAGAAUAUGGGAAAAUAAACCCAAAAAUCUGUGAAAGUAAACCCCAAAAUAUGUGAAAAUAAACCCAAAACCCAGCCCUGGUUUGGUGUCUGGCCUCCCGGGGUGGCACUGCCACACGCGUGACACAUUGGUGGCACUGCCACUCUCAUGGCACUGCCCGUGGCGCUGCCACACUCGCACCCUUUGCCACCCCACAAGCACCGCAGUGUCACCACCCCAUCCCAAAUUCCACCUCUGUCCCCAUCCCCUCCUGUCCCCAUCCCUUGUCCCUAUCCCCUUCCCUUAUCCCUGUCCCAUCCGUGUCCCCGCCUGUCCUUGCGGUGGCCCCCGGCUCUCAGUGGCCCCUCACGGUGUCCAUCAGCCCCUGUCCCUGUCCCCAUCCCUGUCCCCGCUACCCCUGUCCCCUCUCCUGCCCCUGUCCCCUCCUGUCCCCUCCUGUCCCCGUCGCUGUCCAUCAGCCGCGGUCCCGCCCCGCUCUCGGCUUUGGGCUUUGCCUUUUCCAUGGCGACCGCUCCAAGGACGAGCCCGGAGCGCCCCCGGAGCGGGCACGGGCGGCACUUCGGGGGGCUCGGGCAAUUUUGGGGAUUUUUGGGAAUUUUCGGGGGGGGCUGAAGGAAUUCCCCCCCCCCCCCCCCCCAAAAAAAAACGCCUGGAAAAAAAUCGGGAUUUUCACCGCCCUGCUCCGCCUCUCCACCGGGAAUCCUGCGGAAUUCCAGGAUUUGCACCGGGAAUCCUGCGCAAUUCCAGGAUCUUUUCCUCACCCCGGAGCCCCCGGGCCAUCGAUGAGGCAUCACCAUGCUGACCAGCAUCACCGACGGCUUCCUCUGCUGCCUGCUGGGCAAGACCCCCAAUGCCGUGGGGCCUCUGGACAGCGUUGAGUCCAGCGAUGGCUUCACCUUCCUGGAGGUGAAACCCGGCCGGAUCCUCCGCAUCCACCACAGCGCUCCCGAGCGCCCGCGGUCCCCGCGGUCCCCGCGGUCCCCGCGGUCCCCCGAGCGCGGCGCCGUGCGCUGCCAGCGCCGCAUCACGCUCUACCGCAACGGGCAGCUGCUGAUCGAGAACUUGGGCGAGGCCCAGGCCCCGCGGUGCCCGCUGCCCGAUGCCAACGGCGAGCCGGCAGCGCCGGACCCCGCCGGAACAGCGGCCAAGCGUCGCAAACGCAAGCCCAAGAGGGUGGUGACGGUGGACUGCAAGAAGCGCAUCACGAGCUGCAAGGGCACGCACGGGGACGUGGUGCUGUUCUUCAUCCACGGCGUUGGCGGCUCUUUGGACAUCUGGAAGGAGCAGCUGGAGUUCUUCUCCAAGCUGGGCUAUGAGGUGGUGGCGCCGGAUUUGGCGGGACACGGCUGCAGCUCGGCGCCGCCCGUGGCCGCUGCCUACACCUUCUACGCGCUGGCCGAGGACAUGAGGGCCGUGUUCAAGCGCUACGCCAAGAAAAGGAACAUCCUCAUCGGGCACUCCUACGGAGUGUCCUUCUGCACGUUCCUGGCUCACGAGUACCCGGAGCUGGUGCACAAGGUGAUCAUGAUCAACGGGGGCGGCCCCACGGCGCUGGAGCCCAGCCUGUGCUCCAUCUUCAACCUGCCGCCCUGUGUGCUGCACUGCCUGUCCCCCUGCCUGGCCUGGAGCUUCCUCAAGGCCGGCUUUGCCCGCCAAGGUGCCAAAGAGAAGCAGCUGCUGAAGGAGGGCAACGCCUUCAACGUCUCGUCCUUCGUGCUGCGUGCCACCAUGAGCGGGCAGUACUGGCCCGAGGGCGACGAGCUGUACCAUGCCGAGCUGGCCGUGCCCGUGCUGCUGGUGCACGGCAUGCACGACAAGUUCGUGCCCAUCGAGGAGGACCAGAGGAUGGCAGAGAUCCUGCUGAUCGCCUUCCUGAAGGUGAUCGACGAGGGCAGCCACAUGGUGAUGCUGGAGUGCCCGGACACGGUGAACACGCUGCUGCACGAGUUCGUCCUCUGGGAGCCCGACACGCCCGCGGCCCGCGGCGACGGCGACGCCGAAUGAGGGCCAGCGACACGCGGGGACAGCGGGCUCGGCCCAGCCGCCAGCCCGGUUUGUGCCGGGGGCGAGCGAGGAGCGACCCCGGGCUGGGAUGGCAGCGCCGGGAGAGGAGCGCGGCGAGUGCCCCGGGCCGGGGACAGCGGGGACACGGCACCGCCGGUCCCCAACAGGACAGCGGGGACACGGCACGGCCGGUCCCCAACAGGACAACGGGGACAUGGCACGGCCUGUCCCCAGCAGGACAGCAGGGACACGGCACGGCCGGUCCCCAGGCCCGGCAGGACAGCGGGGACACGGCACGGCUGGUCCCCAACCCCCCGGGACA